UUGCAAAUAGUAUAGCCUUAUUAGUUAUUUCUCUAUACUAUCCCCUCCACCCUGACCCAGACUCUGACUGGCCGACUUAUUUUUCUUUUUUCUCUUUACUUAAUAUUUAAGAGUACAAGUAUACUAGUAGUAUUUUAACUAUAUUUAUGCAUAGUUUAUUGUGUUUUUUUUGGGGAGGUUUUCUAAAAGUUUAUUUCUCUAUCUGUAACAUGCAACCUGGGACCCUCUCUGUCUGUAUCUUUAUGUCUCUCUUGCUAUACAAGCAUGUACAUCUCUCCAUUUGCAUUUGACGACAACGUGGACUGCAGGUGCUGACUGGUAUUUCGCCAUUUUAUUAGCUUAUAAAGCUACCAGACAACAACUCUUCUCAGUCCCCCCCCCCUCUCUCUCUCUUUCCUCCCAACUUAUUAUUCAAACACUAUAUUAUUGCACUUGGCUCUCAGUUUUACUAUUUGGCUCGUACUACCCUGCCAUUGCCCUUUAACUAUACACUCCCACCAUCAAAUUCUUUCUAUUUUCAAUUGCAUUAGCUUGUUCUUUUUCCAUUCAUCUUCAAUCCCUUUGUUUCUUCGUUUUUCAUUUUGUUCUCACUGAUCAGUUGGCGAUUGUUGGUUGGUUUUUUGAUCAUUCUGAAUCUGCCCCCAUUCGAUCUUCGUGGUCAUCCCAUAGUGCUGAAAUUGAGGUGACAGUGGGUAUAGUUAGGCCUUUGGCACAUAUUCAUAGAGAAACCGAUUGAGAAAACAAUGCACAGGUGCAGUAGCUCUCAGGGAAACAUGGUGGGUCCAUGUUCAUGUGGCCUGUAUCAUAACCAAAGCAACUCCUCGUGGCUAUUUUCCAUUCCGAACCACCGAUCUUGCGAUGAAACCAACAUGUACCCUUUCAUGCCCUCUUCAUCUUCUUCCGUCGAUUGCACUCUCUCUUUGGGAACUCCAUCCACUCGUCUUUGUGAAGACGACGACAAGCAUAUCCGGCAUGAACGUAGUAACCCUUGCAUUUCCAACUAUUACUGGGACAUGUUGCAGAACAAGAGCGCACCUUAUUCACACCAAACCACCAAAGCUAGCCGUGGAAGCAAUGGAAAUAGCAGUAACGGCUCAGGCAACGAUCCUCUAUUAGCUCGCCGCUGCGCCAACUGCGACACUACUUCAACCCCACUUUGGAGGAACGGGCCGAGGGGUCCAAAGUCACUUUGCAAUGCCUGCGGGAUUCGAUUCAAAAAAGAAGAAAGAAGAGCUACAGCAGCAAAUGCAAACAACUCAUCGAGUGCAACAGCUUCAAUGCUGGAACAGCAACACCAUGGCUAUCAGUAUCACCACAACAAUUCAUGGGUUCAUCAGAACCAAAAAAUGCCAUGUUUCUCGCCUCUUAAUGAAUUCAGGUUCAUUGAAGAUACUGAUCGAGAUUCUGAUACUGGGAUCCCCUACCUUUCUUGGAGACUCAACGUCACAGACAGGCCAACAAGCCUUGUCCAUGACUUCACAAGAUAAAAAAAAAAAAGAACAUCAAAGAAUAAAGAAGAAAAAAGAAAAGGAAAAGAAACCCUGGUUCCCAUUGACGGUCAAGAUCAUGCACCAAUGACUGAAACGUAUCACGAUGAUGGUGACGCUUACAUGGUCUUCGUUUCGUCUAGUCAAUUUUUUUUUUUUAUUUAAAAUUUUGCUUUUCUUUGUUUGUCUCCUUUGUCUGUCUUCAAUGGAUGGUGUAAGAACAGGAUCAUCCUAUGUUCUUAGUUGCUUUUGAUUUUGAUAAAUUUUUUUCAUGUUCUUUAACUUUUCCUUUCACCUUCAGUUCUAUAUUAGUAAAACAUUUCUGUUUUAGAGUUGCAACUUUCUUCACAUAUCAUCCCCUUGUUGACCUCCCCCAGUUUCUUGGUCUUCAUCAUCCCACUAGGUGAAACAUUUUUAUCAGAUAUAUGAUGAGUUCAGCACCUUUAGAUUUAA